AUGCCAACUACACGUAGAGGUCUGACAUCGUCGGCCUCAGAGCAUGCUGGCCUCACAGCAGGCAACCGAGUAGACCCGAAAGCUACUCGUACGACCAAAGCAACCCACGACCUCGACGGCCAUACUCAUACCAACCCCGAUCGUGCUGCGAAGAGGCGACGUACCGAGACGCCUUACAAAGAUGCCACUACCGUCAAAUCGGCCUGCGAAGAGUCUACCCAUUUAGACGACCUCAGUUCCAGUGCAAUCGAGCUUCGCGCCCAGCUGACGGCGCAUCCACAACAUGAUGGCCCUGGCCCUGAAGACGGUGCUGGGUCAGCUGAAAUGCUGGAUCAGCUUGAUGCAGACAUGACCAAGGCCAUUUCGGACAUAAUCGAUCACUCAGAGAGAUUUGAACAAUAUUGUGCAAUGGGCGCAGCUGAUAAUGACGGAUCUUCGGCAUCGAAAAACAUGGUCUUUGCCAAGACAGGAUCGCGUAUGAAAGUCGAGAGCUUGCCGAUUCUCGAUAACCUUUCAUCCCAGAUACUUUCCACACUUGCAAAGUCAUCAUAUCAGGAUAUCAUUGCACUGAUGAGAGAGCCGGAAUCCGAGGCCGGUCAAGAAUAUUCUACAGUCCGAUCACUUUUCGACCAUACGAAGCGUGUCUAUUCUUCGAAGUCCCCCUUCCUCUCGCCGUCUGAACUCGACUUGCUUGCUCCUUCGCAGGUGGAAAUCUUGCGGAAAGCCAAUCUUGCUACUUUUGUCUCGAGCAUAUUUGGUAGUCAGGAGAUUGGUUUCGCAGAACUGAAUGAUCAUUUCUUAGAGAUCUUCGUGCCUGAGAAUGGGAGGUUAUUGAAGGCGCAAGGCUCUUUGUUCUUGGAUUUGAAGACUCAGGCAUUCAUUUCGUCCAUGCACACCCCAGAUCGUUCAAAGACUGAGCUGUUAUACACAUUAUUCCCGGACGACAUAGAGCCGAGGAUACUCGUCCGUCGCCCUGGAGCACGGGGUCUCGCCCCUAGCGAACAGGACUUCGUUAAACGUGCUCAUUCAAGAAGGGACAUUCUGUUGGCUGAUGUCAAUAAUCCAACUGCUCUUGAUGGGCUGCCUGAGAAAUAUCAAUGGGACGACUUCUUGCGGGACAUCAGCAGCUACAUAUCCAAGAACUUCGAAUCACUGAAUCCACAGCCAAAGGACAAAUUUACUAAAGGACGCAGCGCCAAUGGAGAGGUCAAAGAACCUGCUCAGGAACAGCUCCAAAGCAACUUUUCUAUCAUUCCUCCACCUCCAACCGAGCCUGUCAGUGGGCCUCCCAAGCAAGAAGAUUUUGUGGCGAAGGCCGCACGAGCUGCGCAGAUUGCCCUACAAGGUCACAAUAUUAGUAUUCCAGCACCGGGGCCGCUUCAGAUGCAGCCAAAUCCAUCUCCCAAGCAGACAAAUCAACCAGCUUUCCAGAUUCAUACCAGUUUCCAGCAGUACGCACCUCCGACACGAUCUCCACAUCCAGGCUCCGCUCGUUCUAGCCUACCACCGAAUUACGGCCCACUUCCCAACCUGCCUCACGUCAGCCAGUCCGCACCCACCCAAGUCCUAUACGAGCGUGCCCGUCAAGCAGCCACAACCAAAGCAUCACCCGCAUCUCGGCGCGCGGGUCUACCUUCGCAACGCCGCCCCUGGACUACCGAAGAAGAAAAUGCCCUGAUGGCCGGUCUCGACCGAGUCCGAGGUCCGCACUGGUCUCAAAUUCUCGCCAUGUUCGGUCCUGGGGGUACUAUCAAUGAGUCCCUGAAAGACCGCAAUCAGGUCCAACUCAAGGACAAAGCCAGAAAUUUGAAGCUCUUCUUCCUGAAGAGCGGUAUUGAAGUCCCCUAUUAUCUGAAAUAUGUCACCGGUGAUCUCAAGACAAGAGCACCGGGCCAAGCAUCGAAGAACGAGGCGCGAGAAAGGGAGAAACAGCAGGGUGAGGAAGAUAAAGCGCACUUUAAUGGUGUGCAGGGGAUAAUGGCGCUGGCGGGGGGAAGUCAGCCGCCGUCACAGCAACAGCAUCAGGAACUUCAGAUUGGGCAUUCGAAUACACAUGGGAAUGAUGGUGCUGUGAAUGAGCUGCAAGGCUUUCAAUUGAAUGGUCCAUCCCAGAACGGUCUGCAUGGUCUAGAUGGCACUAUGGAUGCGAAUCUAGAUCCUAAUCUGGAGGGCAUUCCGGAGCUGCCACCAGCGGUGGGAAUGGAGGCCGACCUCUCUGAGCCGGAAGCAGGGCCUAAGGCGAAGGUUGAGGCGUAG